AUGGACUUUCUCAAACCUCAAGUUGGCAAGGCUCGAAAGAUCUACGACCUCAACAAUGUCCCUCUCGUCUCGGGACAGUCAUUCAUCAAAUGGAACCUCGCCCACUCCAUGAACGCCGAGCAUCGCGGCCGCACCGCAAAGUGCCCCAUCGCCAACCACAGGGUCGACUACAGCUUCGUCACUCUCGUGCCUUCUAUCCGCAUCUCCAUAGACCGUAACAAUAACCUCGCCGAAUGUCCCAUCGAGUUCGAGGUGGUCCAGGAGUUUGGUAUCUCCGAAAAGAUGACCCUUGGCGUGGUCCGCCUCAACCUCAGCGAGUACGUCGAGGAGAGCGAGUCCUUUGGUAAGGAUGUCGCGUCGCCUGGUCGCAUGCGAAGCGGCAGUAUUGGUGUCAGCCCGACUAGGAGCGCGACAGGACGCCCCCGCCGUGAUUCAGAUGUCGUCGAAGAUGGCAUCGUGAGGAGGUAUCUCAUGCAGGACAGCAAGGUCAACAGUACCUUGAAGAUCGGAAUUCUUAUGGUUCAAGUCGAUGGCGAGCGCAGCUAUGUUGCUCCUCCUCUCAAGACGGCCCCCGUGUUUGGCGGUAUCGGCGGCAUCAUGGGCGAAUCAGUAGAGGACGACGCCGGACCCGUUCCCAGCAUCUCAAAGUCACGAGAUACCGCGGAGCUUCAGGAUCUCUACCGCAGCGUCCUCGCCGCCUCAUGGUGCCGUCAGCCCUCUGAGCUGUCGGCUGAGGAAGUCAUCGAGGACAUCUUUAGCGGCGGCAACGGCUGGAAGACUAAACCACAAAACGCCUCCCCGGACACAGACGGCGAUGAUGAUUUUGACGACGACUUGGAUCAUCGCGAUACUCUUCGUCCCCGUGACGCUCGUCGUGCAACUCACCUCAACGUACAUCACCACCACGGCACAUCUCCCACAACGGCGUCCUCACCAACACAUGCUCAGCCGAAUCACGGCCCCGUCGGCUCCUCCCAUCGGCGUUCGUCCAGCAACUCGAGUGAUAGGAGCUUCUCGACUGUCACCGUGACGCCCGCUAACCGGCGCAAGGGGGUGCGUAUCCACGAGCUGGACCACUCCCGCAGCCUCGCCAGCAUGGCCUCUACCAUGUCGCUCAGCAGUGAUGUCCUCCGUGAAGUGGGCUUUAAGGGGACCCGUGAGGUGAGGGAGGAUGACGUUCGAAACGAUCUCGUCGCCUGGAGGAUGCCGGGUGAUCCACAGGUCAUGUAG